GAAACAGUUCGUGGGUUGCCUAUCAACCGCACAUACAUCGUCACCGGCCCGAUCCAUUACAGCCAUGCUAGGGCUUGUUGUGUGUCAGUGUCGUAGAUGAGACACUAACUGAAAAAUGGCCUAAUCCUCAGCAUUUUGUUUUUCCGAACACUAUUAAACCAUUCCGAGGAAAUCCUGAACUGGAAUUGUGAUACUGUUGCGGUUAUUUUGGGAUAUUACAGCAGUAGCUAACCGAGAGCUACUUUGGCUUUGACCACUCCGGCCAGGUGGAGUUUCAGGAUGCAGCAGUACUGAGGAUGCUGAUUGUCUUAGUUUUGCUCAUGAUGGCUGUGAGCAGUGAAGCUGAGGUCUGCACAGGCCAGCACAACUGCUCCAGCUCCAACAGCUCCAAGGACUACUGCUAUACGGGCCGGAUCCGCAGCACCGUGCUCCAGGGCCUGCCCUUCGGAGGAGUGCCCACCGUACUCGCCCUUGACUUCAUGUGCUUCUUGGUGCUGCUGUGUGUGUUCUCUCUCUUGAGGAAGGUGGCGUGGGAUUAUGGCCGUCUCGCAUUGGUAUCUGAUGCCGACAGUAGGCGGAAUCAGCACUAUCAGCGUCUGGACGAGGAAUAUGUGGCCUCCGCCAUGCAGACGCCUGCCGACUCCCGAUACGAGCGUCUCACCUCUGUGUCCAGCUCGGUCGACUUUGACCAAAGGGACAACGGUCUCUGUUCCUGGCUAACUGCCAUCUUCAGGAUAAAAGAUGACGAGAUUAGGGAGAAGUGUGGCGAGGAUGCCGUCCACUACCUCUCAUUCCAGCGGCACAUCAUUGGUCUGUUGGUGGUGGUGGGCGUGCUCUCUGUGGGCAUUGUCCUGCCUGUUAACUUCUCAGGAGACCUAUUAGAAAAUAAUGCCUACAGUUUUGGGCGAACUACAAUAGCCAACUUAUAUUCUGAUAAUAAUCUGCUAUGGUUGCACACUACAUUUGCCUGCUUAUAUCUGUUACUGACUGUGUACAGCAUGAGGAGACACACAUCAAAGAUGCACUACAAAGAGGAUGACUUGGUGAAACGCACUUUAUUUAUUAACGGGAUCGCAAAAUAUGCAGAAGAGAGUGAAAUAAAGCAGCAUUUUGAGAAAGCAUAUGAUAACUGCGUAGUUCUGGAUGCUCGCAUUUGUUACGAUGUGGCCAAGCUUAUGUCUCUGGAGUCUGAAAGGAAAAAGGCAGAACGCAGCAAAAAGUUUUACACGGACCUGAUGGCCAAGGAGCACAUUCCCAACAUGAUUACCCCCAAACCCUGCGGCCACCUCUGCUGCUGCAUCAUCAGUGGCUGCGAGCAGGAAGAGGCUAUCAACUACUACACUAAGCUUGAGGCCAAACUAAAGGAAGAAUACAGAAAAGAACGUGAGAAAGUCAACACUAAACCUCUGGGAAUGGCUUUUGUUACCUUCCAGAAUGAAGCCAUGACAGCCCUCAUCCUGAAAGAUUUUAAUGCGUGUCAGUGUCAUGGCAGUCACUGUCGACGAGAGCCGAAGUCCUCCCCCUUCAGCAACGGGCUCAACACAUUCAACUGGACAGUCACAUAUGCUCCAAAUCCACAGAAUGUUUACUGGGAGCAUUUGUCCACUGGUGGCCUCAACUGGUGGCUUCGCUGCCUUGUCAUCAACUGCUUUCUCUUCAUCUUGCUCUUCUUCCUCACCACCCCUGCCAUCAUCAUCUCCACCAUGGACAAGUUCAACGUCACCAAACCCGUGGAGUACCUAAAUAAUCCCAUCAUCACCCAGUUCUUCCCCACCCUGCUGUUGUGGUGCUUCUCGGCCCUUCUCCCCACCAUCGUCUACUACUCUGCCUUCUUUGAAGCCCACUGGACACGAUCUGGAGAGAACAGAACCACCAUGCACAAAUGCUACACCUUCCUCAUAUUUAUGGUUCUGCUGCUGCCAUCUCUGGGCCUGAGCAGUUUGGAUGUUUUCUUCCGCUGGCUCUUUGACAAGACAUUUCUUGACCAGGCAAAAGUCCGGUUCGAGUGUGUCUUUCUUCCAGAUAACGGAGCUUUCUUUGUGAACUAUGUAAUCGCGUCUGCUUUCAUCGGUAACGCCAUGGACCUGUUACGCAUUCCUUAUUUUCUCAUGUACAUGAUCCGACUGUGUCUGGCACGCUCAGCAGCCGAGAGGCGCAACGUGAAGAAGCAUCAAGCUUAUGAGUUCCAGUUUGGAGCUGCUUAUGCCUGGAUGAUGAACGUUUUCACUGUGGUCAUGACCUACAGCAUCACCUGUCCAAUUAUUGUACCAUUUGGCCUGAUGUAUAUGCUACUGAAGCACCUGGUGGACAGGUACAACAUGUACUAUGCCUACCUGCCAUCCAAACUGGAUAAGAAAAUCCACUCUGGAGCUGUCAACCAAGUGGUGGCAGCACCCAUCCUCUGCCUCUUCUGGCUGCUCUUCUUCUCUACUGUCCGUACAAGUUUUAGCGCUCCAACAUCAAUGUUUACUUUUGUGGUUCUGAUCAUCACCAUCAUCAUUUGCCUCUGCCAUGUCGUCUUCGGUCAUUUUAAAUACCUCAGUGCGCACAAUUAUAAGAUUGACAUGGACGGUGUGGACAAUGGACGACCACCAGGUUCAUCCCCACCUGUCAAGUCUGUGCAGACGUACGUCGCUCAAGUCUUACAGGACGAGAAGAGCACUGGCGAGGACGAGGGCCAGGCGUCCUCGCAGGAUGAGGAAGUGGUGACCGAGGGGGAUUUCCAGUCCGGAGAGGACAGCCUUAUUGAGAACGAGGUGCAUCAGUGACCCAUGCCAGGGCCACCCCAUGUACUGAACUUAAGAGAAACUAGCAGGAGAUCCACUACACCUCACUACACUUACUUGUGUGUGUGAGCGCGUGUGUGUGUGUGUGCGUGAAUCCAUCGCAGCUGACAGCUAAAACACUCCUUUAUUAUUAAGGCUUGGAGACAGGAUGGCCAAUUGUCAAGAAUCUGAAGUGGCUUGUGAUUGUACUCCACCUAUAAGAAAUUGGUUCUUCAUAGUUUCAUAAUUAUUCUUUGCAAUGUUUGCCCUGUUCGUACAGCAUUUGGUCAGUACCAAGUUUCUUGCCCUUGUAAGCGCAUGUCUCAUGUAUAGUAAAUAAUACCAAAAAUAGUAAUGAUGACUAAUUUGCCAUUAAAAAUAUGUUAUGAUGAAUUUAAACUGCUAUAGUGCUAUCUCAGGUGGGCGGAUUUCACAAAGACAAAUCACAAAUCUUUUGCAUAGGGAAAAAUCUGAAUAUUUCUUCAUUGGUUACAUAGGAUAGUGCUCAAUUAAUACAAUUUGGCAACUGUUAAAAACAGAAAACAAAUCUAUAUGGCAACAGAUAACUAUUUCUCAAUGUUUACCAUCUGAGGCCCAAAGCAUUUCAGUGAUGGUGGAUUUGAUCAUUAAGCAAAUAUUGUGUGAAAUCACAUAUCUUCAAAAAGCUUGUUGAAUAAUAAACAUUAAUCAGAAUGACAGACUGUUGAGUUGAAGUUUUGAGUUUGGCAAGGGAACCAAAUAUUACUUUCUCGGCCCUGCUGAAAUGGCACUAUAGCACAAUAUAUUUAAGACAUGCAGAUUCAUUCACGCAACUUACCAUUCUUCUCUACCAAAGUGAAUGUAUUUAACAUAAAGGCAUUACUACUAAUGGAAAACUCACACCAGCCUGCUGAAUUAACGGAUUGUGAGGAAAACAGCCACCGAACGCUGGAAAAGCCAGACUCAAAGGCAAUUCGCCAUCCCUGUAACCAUUCAAGGUCAAAAUCAAACGCAUCUCUUCUGCGCAUCCAAUGAUUCGAGAGUUUAAAUGUAAACCUUUGCAUCUCUAAUCCAUACUUGCGCUAUGCGUGAUAUGACACUACUUUCUGAAUCAGGCAUCAAAUGGACCAACUUUGUGUUGCUCUACUGUGGAAUGUUCUGUCAAUAACUGAUACUGUAGCAAAUUGAACUUCAACGCACAGCAGGUUCCCUAUGUGGACAUUAAGGUGGAAUUUUUCUUUUUAUUAUGCAUGGGUUGGGUAUGAAAUGAUGGGUUUUUUAUUGGCGCUAACAAAUGAUAAUGUAGGCAUUAACCCUUAACAUAUUUUACUACUGUUAAAAAAAAGCAUUGAAAUCAUUGAAACAUGCCCUGAACGCCCUAAAAAUUGGGUAAUGAUGAUAGCUAAGUCUCAUUUGGUCAUAUAAGCAUACGUGUCUUUAAUAUGGCCUACUUUGUUGCUAUUGUGGUGUGUUCCUUCGCGAUUUUACAAGAGAACUGGAAAUAACAGAAUCCAUGAUAUGGUUCGUCUUACCUGUGUGCAUUUACUGUACGAGCUGUUCACUGACACAAGCAGUUCUGAGAUCAUUUGACUGGGUUUAUGCAUCAUUUAGUGGUUGAAAUCUGAAAAAAAAAGAAUAGUACAAUGACCACUAUUUAUUGACCACUAUUAAUACUUUGUUUGUUUGUUUUUUUGACAACUACACUCUUUAUAUCUAGUCGUCGCCAUGCUCAGACAUUUUUGCUACUUUGUCCAUCAUAUACAUAUUGCAUUUUUGCUCUCUGUGCAUUGUUGAAAUGCAAGUCAGAACUGGAAACGAAAUAUUUUUAAGAAAGUUAUUGGAGCAGACAAAGGCUGUGCCCGAGUACUUGCUUUAACAUCAUUUUAUUUUCUCUGUCCAGUCCCUAAUUUGUUAAUCUUUCCUGCUAGUGGACCUAAAUAGUUCUCAUUGUGUCAUUUGUUUACACGAAUAGCAAUGCAGUGUUUAAACUGUCAUUUUCUUGACUUGAACAACAGUCGUCGGGUGUACAGUAUGUAAGCUUGUGAAUUAGAACACUAGGAAGCUGAUCAGUGAUCUUUUUAGUUAAAUUUAUGUAUAUCACACACUAAUCUAUCAAUCACUGAGGAGCUUUGUAACUUUUAAACGCAAAUAACACUGUAGGCUAUGCACUUUGUGUCAGAUGUGUAACAUUAUCAUGGUGUAUGUAACAAUUUCAAGCCAUUUUUUUUUUUUUUUUUAAUUGAUCUUGUUUGGACAACGAGUAACUGCGGUGCUUUGUACGUCUGACGCUCUUGCUGCUUAGAUACUGUAGGUGAUGUCCGUAUGACUGCAUCCUGGAUCUGUUUAAGGAAAAACACUGUUCUGAAGCAUGAUGCAGUGGCAAUAAUUUAUUUAUGCAUCUUUAUGACUUUUCCUGUUUGUUACAGAUGUUGUCCACAGUAUUUAUUUCAUUUGUCUAUUAUUUUUCCAUCUUUUGAAUUAACUGGCAAUGUUGAACUGGAAUGAAGAGGUUAAAUCGGUGUAAUAUUUUUGUAAAUAGAAGCAUUGCGCUGCUAAACUGAACACUAAACUGUAUUUACAUUUGUACAGCUUAGACAGCAAAACCGUGUACAGUCGACCAUGAAUUGUUUGCUUUUGUCCAAUUAGAUUUCCCUUAAGAUCAUAUUAUGCUUGCGAUUGCUGUUUUUAAUAGUUUUGUAUCUCAACCUCCCCUCAAAUGAUCUUUUGUACAGUGUCAUCUUCAAUCUCUUACAUGUCUUUGAACAAUAAAAUACAUUUACUGACAAAACCACA